AUGGCGGAGACCAAAGAAUUAGAGAAUAUGGUAUUGAGUUUUCGAGUAUCUGAACUUCAGAUGCUUCUUGGUUUUGCUGGUAGAAAUAAAUCAGGUAGAAAAAACGAAUUACAAGCACGUGCACUAGAAUUGUUGCGUUUGAGAUCUCAUCCUGUUCAACUCAAAAUACGUGAAUUAUAUAAAACCAUACAAGCUGAUCAAUUAGCUGCACAUCAAAUGUAUGGUCAAACAGGUAGUUCUGGAGAGCCACAAAUAGAUCAAAACAUGCACUCCAGAAAUUAUUACACAAGACAAGCUAUCAGCCAGCAGCAACAGACACAAUCUUCAGUUUCCAGUGGGAAGGAUUUACCACCUGCACAUCAAGCAUCUCUACCUCAGGCACCUAGAACUAAUCCAGUUUAUCAAUCAACAGGAUAUACUAGUGUGACACCACAACAAACCACAAGUGCAGCUUUUAAUCCAUACCCAUAUACACCAAAAGUUUUACCAUCUCCAUUGCAAAUACAACCUAGGAGUCAGUAUCCUGUUCAUCCAGAUGUUAGACUUAAAAAAUUACCAUUUUUUGAUUUACUGGCUGAAUUAUUGAAGCCAUCUAGUCUAAUGCCUCAAGGAUCUAUAAGACUUCAAGAAAAUACCUUCAUGUUUCAUUUAACACCACAACAGUCAACAGAUGUAGCAUGUUCGAGAGAUUGUCGCGCCGGCAGUAAAAUGGAUUACACGGUACAGAUACAAAUGCGAUUUUGUUUACAAGAAACUUCAUGUGAACAAGAAGACUGUUUUCCACCAAGCAUUGCUGUGAAAGUUAAUGGAAAAUUGUGUCCUUUACCUAAUCUAAUACCUACAAAUAAGCCGGGAGUAGAGCCAAAAAGGCCACCACGACCUGUCAAUAUUAGUCCAUUAGUUAAAUUAUCUCCUACUGUAGCAAAUCAAAUUCAUGUUACAUGGUCAGCUGACUAUGGUAGACGAUAUGCAAUUGCGAUAUAUCUAGUUAGAAAGCUUUCAAGUGCAGAAUUAUUAUCAAGAUUAAAAAGUAGAGGUGUUAGACACUCGGACUAUACAAGAGGUUUAAUUAAGGAAAAACUAAACGAAGAUGCUGAUAGUGAAAUAGCAACAACUUCGCUGAGAGUGUCAUUAGCUUGCCCGUUAGGAAAAAUGCGAAUGUGUACACCAUGUCGUGCAUCAACAUGUUCACAUUUGCAAUGUUUUGAUGCAUCAUUGUUUCUCCAAAUGAACGAAAGGAAACCCACAUGGAAUUGUCCAGUUUGUGAUAAACCAGCGUUACAUGAUAAUCUCGUUAUCGAUGGAUAUUUCCAAGAAGUGUUAAACUCUAAAAAACUGUUACCUGAUGUGAAUGAAAUUCAGUUGUUGCAAGAUGGAUCGUGGGAAAAUUUAGUUUUGAAGAAAGAGAAAGAUAAAGAAAAAAGUGAAACAAAAGUUAUUACGAAUUCGCAAGACCGUAAAAUAGAUGUGGAUACUGUAGAUCUUGAUGAAAGUAACCCUGCACCGCCAAAGGAAAAGAAACGGGCUGUCAUUAUUGACUUAAUAUCAGACAGCGACGACGACGAUGAAAAUACCACACCAACACAAAGUACAAAAAAAAUAGCUACUGGUACUCCUUCACCAAAAAAAUCCCAAACCAGCUCUAUUAGUAGUACCAGUGAAUCACCAGAAUUGAUGAUAAUUGAUUUAGAAUAG